AUGGAUUUCAAUGGGUUGUUUGGAGCUAAAGUGGAAGACUCGGAUGAGAACAGCUCUGAUGGAUAUUGUGGCCGUUAUUAUGCAAGUGACGAAGAAGGUGACGAGGAUGAAGGUGGUGAGCACUGCGGUGGUGAGGAAGGUGACCCUAUAGGUCAUAGAGAAGAUGAACACGAUAAUUUCUCAGGUGGUGCCAGUCAUGCAGUGGAUGAUGGAAAAAUUCAUCCAGUUGUCAUAGAGGAUUUCCUGGGCAGAGAGUUUGAUGGGGAGGAGGAUGCCUAUCUUGUGUAUAAGGAGUUUGCUAGAAUGAAGGGUUUUGGGGUCCGCAAAGGCAAUGUGGGGCGUGUUGAUGGGGUUUUGGUCAGGAGAGACUUUUUUUGCCGCCGACAAGGCACAAGACAUCCUAAGCACUAUGACCGUCCUGAGCGAGUUAGGGAGGAGAGAUUGGAGAGUCGAACCGACUGCAAGGCGAAGUUGAAGAUUUACUAUGAUGUGCAACGCAGUGUGUGGAAGGUCAGGACCAUCUUCGAUAAGCACAACCAUGAGCUUGCCCCGGCAAUGUUUUCCUACCUCCUGCCUAGCCAUCGCAAGAUGAGUAAUGGUGACAAAGCGCAAGUUGAUAGCAUGAAGCAGUUUGGGAUACCAACAUCAAAGAUAAUGGCUUACAUGGCUGGUCAAUCUGGAGGGUAUAGAAUGCUAUGA